ACGAGUUGAGGAGAACAGUCGUUAUCACCGCCUGAACAUUACACUGAAGCAUUUUUGGUCACUUUUGUUUAAAAUUUAUUCGAAGAUGAAAGUAUCUGUAAUUUCUAUUUUAGACACGUUUCCCUGUUCGUAUUGUUAGGUGAAAAUCCAGUCAGGGAAAAAGUUUUAGUAAGUGAGGUAGACUUGAUUGCAUUCGUUUGUCACCUGUUGGACUGGGUUUGCAGGCAAAAACAGGUAUAGGUACAAAAAUAAAUCUGAGUAACGUUUAAAAAGCCGUUAUGAUUCCUGAAUGUCCACGAACGACCGAGUCCAGAAGCCGAAUUCUGUGUGAAUCCGGUCAGAACCGCUCCGGGUUACUGCGCGAGAUCAGAACCGCCAUCAGGAGCGAGCCAUUUACCGUGCACUAUGACAUCAUCCCGGGUAAAGAGCUGGGCAGAGGCAAGUUUGCUGUGGUGAGAAAAUGUGUGGAGAAAAGCACAGGGAAAGAAUAUGCUGCGAAGUACAUGAGGAAGAGGAGGAAGGGCCAAGACUGCACUUCAGAAAUCAUUCAUGAGAUUGCAGUGCUGGAGCUGGCAGAAGCCUGUCCACGAGUGGUCAACCUUCAUGAGGUCUACGAGAUGGCCAGCGAGAUGGUACUUGUUCUGGAAUAUGCUGCAGGUGGGGAGAUUUUUAACCAGUGUGUGGCUGAGAGAGAUGAGGCCUUCAAAGAGGAAGAUGUGAAGAGACUUAUGAGACAGAUUAUAGAGGGAGUGGCCUUUUUUCACAGGAACAACGUGGUACACCUGGACCUCAAACCUCAGAAUAUCCUCCUCACCAGCGAGUCUCCUCUCGGGGACAUAAAGAUUGUGGAUUUUGGCCUGUCUAGGUUGGUAAGCAGCAGUCAGGAGAUUAGAGAGAUCAUAGGCACACCAGAGUAUGUGGCACCAGAAGUCCUGAAUUAUGAGCCAAUAAGCACCGCGACUGAUAUGUGGAGUAUUGGUGUCCUCGCCUAUGUAAUGCUGACAGGCAUCUCUCCGUUCCUGGGCGAUGAUAAGCAGGAGACCUUCCUCAACAUCUCUCAAAUCAGUGUCAGCUACACAGAGGAAGAGCUUGAGCACUUGGACAGAGCUGCCAUCCACUUUAUAAAGUCCCUGCUCAUCAAAGAACCAGAGAACCGUGCCACUGCAGAAAACUGCCUCAAACACCAGUGGCUUCAGACGAAAGAGGAGGAAGUAAAGGAGUACACUUCAGAGUGCGUCUCGGAGCCUGUUAGUCCCGGGACAUCCAGCCACAAUGAAGAUGCAGGGCAGGAAAACAGUCAGGUGACGGAGGAGCUCAUAGUAAUGGCAGCAUACACCCUGGGUCAGUGCCGCCAGACCUCAGAUAAAGAGAGCCUGACCCCGGACCAGAAGGCCAUCUCCAAACGCUUCAAGUUUGAGGAACCGUUCUCAGCCCUUCAGGAAGUUCCUGGAGAAUUCAUUUACUGAUUUACACCCAGCCAGCUACAGUAGCUGCUAUGCUCCAACUAUUGUCGCACUUCAGACAAAGAGACCUUAUGUUUUUUGUAUUUUCUUUUCACCCACCUCAAGAUUUGAACUUGUAAGCCAAACGAUUUUUGUUUUUGUUUUGUUUGUCGCACUAGUUGCUCUUGUUUCUUCGUUAUUUCUCUAAUGUUUGUGCUGCUUUAUAUUUACAUUAUGUUACUGAAGAUUAAGCCUUGCUGUGGUACUCCUUUUAUGCUCUUUUAAUUUCCUUUUGGUCCUAUGCUUAAAUGUUUGACUGUAUGGUUCAUACAUUUAACUGCAUUGUAUUAUUAUAUUGUUUUGAUGAUAACAAUUCCUUUUGUUUUCUUCUGGAUGCGUUUGCAAUCUUUGUACAAAUUAAUGUUUGUUUAUCGUUCUGGUUUGCAGGGGCAAAUAUAAUUACAUGUAAAUGAAACAAAACAUUUUUUAAGAGUAUUUCAACAAUGUUUAAAAAGCCAUUUUUUCCAGCUCCUGUCUGUUCGACUCCUUGUAUGUAGUGGCCCUCUCUGGUCAUUCCUGGAUAACGUCCGUAGCAAUAAUACUUUUAUUUACACAUGUAUGUGAAGAAAAUUUGUCUUUGUGUGUUUAUUCUUUAACUUCUAUUAGAGUUACAACUGUAUAUUGAUUUGUCACUAUAAACAAUAUUUUUAAUGGCAACACAUUUUCAAAGUGACUGUCUUGAUGCUGUAAAUAAACAUUU